GUGAUCCCGACCAGAUCAAGGGGGAGACAAUCGACUACAACGAAAACUUUAACUGGGAGGGGCUGCAAGGCAGGCUUGGAUUCGGUCCCUUUGCGGGUCAGUUUAACCGCGAGUACCGUGCGGCCCAGUUCCGCGGGCUGCCCCUGCCCAUCCUGUGGGCGGCCGAGUACUUCACGCUGGACGGUGAGGGCAUCCGCUGGGGCCGCUUCUACCGCCAGGCUGGCUGGUACUCACACAUCGUCUUGUGGUUGGCCUUUCCUCUGUGGCUCCUGGCCAACAUCCUGUUCUUCGUCCUCCUCCGUUAUGGCGCCUACUUCCUGGCUCUCACGGGCGCUUCCAUGGUCACGGCAAACAUCAUCUGGGCAACCCUUCGCAAUGUGAACGAGCUCAAGAUACCUUUCACAGCCGACGAAGUCCUCGAGUUUUCCUACGGGGGCUCCUUCUGGGUCUGUCUCAUCACUGGCAUCCUGUGCAUCAUCCUGGCGGUGGUCAUCUUCCUGCUGGACAAACUGGCACCCAGCGCCGUGGCCGCCUUCUUUGGGGUGGACGUGCUGCAGGACUCGGAGCAGAUCCUGGUGGAAGGAUGAGGGAUCUCUAGAGCUGGAACAUUAACCCUUCCUUCUUCAACCCGGGCGCUGACGUAAGGGCAAGGGAGGGAACACAGAGUCAAGGAUUCCAAGCGGUGCCCAUUGGAGGAUCCGUUUGGUUCAGUUCGGUUAUGUUUUUGGCGGGUUCGCUCGGUUUGUGCCACACUGGUAGCCUUCUCCCUCUGUGGAGGAAAAUCUGGCUAGCCCUGGUGAACAAACCGAACGGAACGGAACGGAACUUGCCAGUGGGCGCCGGGGAUUGGAUGUACGCCACCACCACUCUGUAUUUGACAGUGGGAUACAGACGGCAGUUCAACAAGUGCGAGCCCCGAGGAACAGACGGAACGACUGGGCUGGGGAAAUGUUUUAGGCACUUUGUACAAAUUGAUUCUGUUAGAAUACUGCCUGGCUUUACCUUUAUAAGAAUAAUGCCGAAAGAAACAAAAACAAAAA